CUUCAUCUUCCUCCUGACCUCCCAUCUCCGACUAUCCCAUCCGCACAAAAGAUCAGUCAGGAUGAGGAUCCUCUGCCUUCAUGGGAAAGGCACCAGUGCCGCCAUCUUCGAGUCGCAGACAACGUCGAUACGAUCGCGACUAUCCGAUCUAAACAUCAAAUUCGAAUUCGUCGACGGAAUCUAUGAGUCGACGCCCGCUCCCGGGGUUGAUCUGUUCUACCCGCCUCCUUUCUAUUCCUUCUGGGAAAACGACGCAAUCGAAGAAGUCCUGACCAGUCGCAACUGGCUCAAGAAUUACCUGCAAACCAAUGGCCCCUACGAUGCUCUCAUGAUGUUCUCGCAGGGAUGCGCCCUGGGAUCAACUGCCGCUCUGAUGGACCUGUUUGAGGAACCGGACCGUCCGCUACCAUUCAAAGCCGCCAUCUUCAUCUGCGCUGGAGUCCCGAUACACAUUAUGGAGAAGGUGGGAUACGAGAUUGCCCCGCAGGUUUGGGAGAAGGAUAUCGUGACGCGGAAGGCCCUCGCCGCACAGGCAGAUGCUUCCGCGAUUCUGUCACAGGGCGCGGCUCGCUGGGGCGCAGGCAAUGUGUACAGUGAGCCCGAGGCUGAUGUCCGAGCUGAGAUCAAGCCCUCGGACGUUCUGAUCAAUAUCCCGACGGUGCAUAUAUAUGGAGGCAAGGACCCGCGCUCUUCUGCCGGCAUCCAGUUGUCGCAGGCCUGCGACCCUGCGAAACGGAGAAUGUACAAUCAUGGAGGCGGCCAUGAGAUUCCUCGCACAGCUACUGUCACGAGUGAUAUCGCGGCGCUAGUGCGCUGGGCGUUGCGGGAGGGAGGAGUGGCUCAAUGACGCGAUGCUGAUUUGUUGAGUAUCUGUCGUGUUUCUAAAUAUCUGGCAAUAAUAGAAUAGACUGCGUGUCCAUCCACUUCA